UAGUCCGUCAUUGAUGAUACCAGGGUUGAUCUUUUUCAGUGUUUACGUUACUUACUUAACAAAACAUUGCUGAUUGUUUUGAACAGAAAUUCCCAGUGGUGGAAUGUAACGUUAACUAAGUAUCUACAUUUAACGUUAUUCAAGUAAUUUACUGUACAUGAUGGAGGAUUUCUCCGGUUUGGCUCUACCUCCUCUGUUUGGAGGACACAUCCUGGAGGCAGAGCUGGAGCCUGGUGGUGUGGAGCUGGGACCAGGAGAGGUGGAGCUGGGCUCUGGAGGCAAUGAGCUGCUGGAGAGUACAGAACAGGAGGAUGAAGAGAGAAGAGCUCUUGAUAAGAGGAAAUAUCUGGCUCUGAACAGGAGAUGUAAAGACAUUGAACAGGUGAAUCAGAAGAUUCUUGGUCGCCUUCAUCAAGUACAAAGAAUUACACGACGCUUGAAGAAGGAGAGACGGUUUCUCAUGAAGACUUUAGAUGCUCAUGGGGAUGACUACAGAAACGCCCAGCUCACUAUACUUCUAGAGGAUGAACCAGGAGCCAAUUUAGAUCCUGCUGCACGAGUGGAGGAUGACAGGCUCAACGGUGUGUCUGGCUCCACUCCGUCUGCUGCGUUGCAUCAUGCUGCGGGACCAAAGAGGAGAAGACACCGAAUUCCACGACAAGAAAAGGAUAAAGACCAACAGACUGAACCAGACAUGUCAGUGUUGACAGAAACACAGUUUGGAGAAAUGCCGAGCCCAACCUCUCUGUCUCACUGAUCAUUGCACUGCAGCCCUGGAUAUGAUGAUGAUGAUGAUGAUGAUGAUGAUGAUGGGGCACCCAGUUUCUUUAACUCUUCAGUUGAUACGCUGCCUCUCAGCCAGGUUUUGCAAUGUUUGUAGUUUUACUUGAACAUUGGGAACUGAUUGAAUUCAUAUCAGAUAAAAUGAGAUGUUAUUCACCUGGUACAUAUAUACAUUUGUUUUGUAUAUAUUUUUUUCUGUUGACAUAUUUUGUACUUAGAUUUGAUGACAACACAUAAUUAUGACCAGUGGCAAACUGUGCACACUGUCAUAGACGGCCUUGAUAAAUAUUUUAUAACCUAGAUAUAAUUAUUGUGGGGUUGAAAAGUUGUUUUAUUAAUGGAUUUCAUAAUAUGUUCCUGGAUACUAUCACUGAUUUCAUGGUUCAUGAUUUUAUUUCAGUAACUGCUGAAAUAAAGUGCUACUGGCAAAUGGAC